UUCCGGGCAUUUCUUUCCUCCAAGUUGCAAGCAUGGCAGUGCCGGUUGGAAGAUCAGUUGUAUUUGUUACUGGAAAUGCCAAAAAACUAGAGGAGGUUAUCCAGAUUCUUGGAGACAAGUUCCCUUAUAAACUGAUCUCGAAAAAGAUUGACUUACCAGAAUAUCAAGGUGAGCCGGAUGACAUCUCCAUUCAGAAAUGCAAAGAGGCAGCUAAACUAGUUGAUGGACCAGUCAUUGUAGAAGAUACCUGUCUGUGUUUUAAAGCUCUUGGAGGUCUGCCUGGGCCUUAUAUAAAAUGGUUUCUGGAUAAGCUGAAGCCAGAAGGACUGAACAAACUCUUGGCAGGUUUCGAGGAUAAAUCAGCCUGGGCUCUUUGCACUUUUGCUUUCUGUGCUGGAAAAGAUGAGCCUGUACAGUUAUUUAGGGGGAAAACUGAGGGGCGCAUUGUUGAGCCCAGAGGACCCCGAGAUUUUGGAUGGGACCCCUGUUUCCAACCAGAUGGUUUUGACAAGACCUAUGCGGAGCUUCCCAAAGACGUGAAGAACUCCAUCUCUCAUCGGUUCCGGGCUCUGUCUGCCAUGUCCGAGCACUUCUCUCAGUUGAACGACACACCGGACACAAAGAGGACAAAGCACGGCGACUGACCAUAAGCUACAGUAUUCACAAACUAAAAUAAUUGUUACAACAGUUGCAUACAAGAACAUAGUUGUUCAUGUGGUUGAUCAUACCACUAGCUGUUUGACCAGAAAUUAUGUUGAAAGCCAUAUACUGUAACCUUUUUAUACAUAUAAAAAAGGACACUCCGUCCCUUGCCUGUUUUUAAUAAAUCCAUUUUCUCCACCCA